UAGAAAGGCCAACGUAACCCGACGCACCUUCUCGAAGCUCCCUAUUAGAAAAACGACAAUCCUUUAGCGUCGCUUCCCGGACAACCACUUGUUCCUUCACCGGACCUAUUGAGGAAGCCCUAACCACCAUCGAAGUAGCUGGUUUUGUGAGUCUCUGUUUGGUGUUGGAUACAAAUAAGAGAUGCCACCAAAGCAACAGUCAAAAGCCGAUUUAGCUAAGAAGCAGAAGAUUGUCGAAGACAAGACCUUCGGCCUCAAGAACAAAAACAAGAGCAAAAAUGUUCAGAAAUAUGUGCAGAAUCUCAAGCAAUCUGUACAGCCCAAACCCGACCCUUCUAAGGCUGCUGCUAAGAAGAAGAAAGAGGAAGAUAAGGCCAAAGAGAAGGAACUGAACGAUUUGUUCAAGGUUGCUGUUAGCCAGCCCAAAGUUCCUAUUGGUGUUGAUCCCAAGUCUAUAUUGUGCGAGUUCUAUAAAGUGGGGCAGUGUGCUAAAGGUUUCAAAUGCAAGUUUUCCCACGAUUUGAAUGUUCAGAGAAAAGGAGAAAAGAUUGAUCUUUAUUGUGAUACGCGCGACCAAGAAACGAUGGAGGAAUGGGAUCAAGAGACCUUGGAAAAGGUUGUGGAGUCGAAGAAAAUGGAGUAUAAUCAGAACAAACCUACUGAAAUUGUUUGCAAAUACUUUCUGGAUGCUGUGGAGAAGAAACAAUAUGGUUGGUUUUGGGUUUGCCCAAAUGGUGGUAAAGAUUGUCAUUACCGGCAUGCUCUUCCUCCAGGUUAUGUAUUAAAAUCUCAGAUGAAGGCUCUGUUAGAGGAAGAGAGUGAAAAGCUAUCUAUUGAGGAGGAGAUCGAAAAUCAGCGUGCCAAAGUAGCAACUUCCACCCCUAUGACUCCUGAGUUAUUCAUGCAAUGGAAGCAAAAAAAGAUGGAAGAGAGAGAUGCUGGUUUGGCUGCACAGAAGGCAGAGAGGGCUAAGAAUGAUCGAAUGAGUGGCCGUGAGCUAUUUCUAUCAGAUGCUAGUGUCUUUGUGGAUGAUGCUGAGGCAUAUGAAGAAUAUAAAAGGGAGGAACGAUCUGAUGCUCCUGAAAAGAAGGCCAAUGCUAAUCCUGAUGAACCAAGUACCUCAGCAACAUCUGUUGACAGUGUUGAAGAUGAUGAGGAUGAACUGGACAUGGAUGAGUUAAACGAGCUGGAAGCAAGCUUAGCGAAAACAUCAAUCCAAAUUCAGGAGCCUGGCAGUGACGAUUAAUUUUGAGAUGCAGAGUCUGCGGUCUACAACAUGCCUUUUAAAGUGUUGACUUGGUGAUCCUGCUGCAGGCCAAUUGAGAGGCUGUUAGUGAUGCUUUCCGAGAACCUGCGGAGGUCAAGUGUUGGGCAUUGCUGGUUGCGGCCAUACUUGAUUUAUCAUGAAGCCUUGUGUUUUACGAGAUUAAAUGGGAUUGGAGUCUUAUGCAUGUUUGCACCGCAUGGCAAUUGCAAUGUGUGAUGCUAGGUUGCCCCGGGUCAAUAUCAAGAAUAUUUAAGCUGAGUGUAGUUUUUUUGAUAAUUUUAAUUGAGCAGCAUCACCUUUUUGGUUUGAAAA